UUACAGCGUUUAUCUGAGGGGUUUACAAACGAAAUGGUAAUUUUUAGACCAAAAAAAGGUUGCUGGAACUAAAAUUUAAGAAUUUUCAUGUUACAAAUACAGAUAAUACGUUACAGCUAAGCAUCGGGCCUAUAAAAUAAGUAGCAUAUAUUAGUAUUCUUAUUCGCGAAUAUUGGUGUACGGAGAUGAAUAUUCGUAUUCACGAAUAUGCAAUAUCCAAGCAGCGCAAUAUUCGUUACAUCACUAGUGUGUACUAGCGUGUACUUAGCAUUAUACACGUCCAUGAAAAAUAGUAUUUAUUUUUAUGAACAAUAAUAAAUUUUUCCGUGUUUCAUACAUAACGUGAAUUAAAUAGCUGGACUUAAUAAUAACAUGUAGCUCAAUAAUGUUCUGGAAUGAUCCAAAAUUAUUAUAACAUGAACAAUUUUGUAUACAUUUCAUAAAUCGAUCCGAAAUGGUGGUGCAAAAGAAUUGGAGUAACAUAGAAACGACGCAACAAAAUACGAUUUCUGAAAAUUCCAAUUGUUCAUGGAGUUUUCAAGCUCCCAAUAAGACUAUAACCGUUCGAUCAAGUGCAAACAUUAAUAUGCAGACGAAGCAACCCAUAUCUCGGCAGAUUGCUAUAAACACGCUGGCAGCUAUGCACAGACGAUUCAGUUUGCCAGGCCCAGUGCAGCCUCAUUCACGCCCCAUUGCAGAGUUUCGGGCAAGUGCUAACAAGUCACUUGAUAUGUUACGGCAAACCAUACAGUCUGCAGUCACAAGAGAAAUUGAUCAAGUCAUCAAAAAGUAUUUGGAGAAAUUCUUUGUUCCUGCUGUGAAUAACAUAAGACUAAAUUUGGGUGAUGAAUCUGUGAGUGAGGAUCAGGUACGUGCCGUCUGUAGGGCUAUGUUGGAUGCCACUCGCCUAUUGUAUACGACGCCGCCACGACCGGUGCAGUCUUCAUAUGAAAAUAGUGACUCUGAAUCCAGUAAUAGCACAGAUUCGAGGUUUACUAAACAGAAUAAUUUGCAGAGUCCACUGCAAAGCAAGCGGAAAGAGAAUGAGUGUGAUUCAGAGUUUAUUGUGAAACGUAAAAAGAUAAAACAAGAAGAGAAUCCAGAUAGUGAAUCAUCUUCUCCAUUACCUUCACCAGCUAUCCGCGAUCCAGAGAAGUGGAAUCCAGAGAGACUGACUCAAGAUACAUUGUUUAUCAUGGGGUCACAUGCUCAUAAGGUCCUCGGCCUGGGAAAUUCCCGCGGGCGUUUGUACACUAGACAUGCCGGGCUACUCAGAUACCCAGCUGACACUGUGGAUAAGGAGUGGAUUGCUUGUCACAAUUUGGUGAAUGCUGUUGGCGGAAAAACUUACAUUAUGGUUUUGGAGGACAUUGAAGAGCUUGCAAACAGCGAAGCGUACAAACAUACUUCAUUGCCAAUGCUUGGCGAAUUAACUGGUUUUAAAGUUCCAUUAUUCAUGCUAAGAAAAAUCAAAUCUUAUGUACUAAAAAGAGCUCUGAGCGGAGAUCUUAGUAAUGCGGACAGUCCCCUAGCUUCAUCAAGUAAUCUACUAGAAGAAGACAAAUAUAAAGAUGAGAAACUUACUCUGCAACAAGAUGCGUUUGAUAAUACUAAUUUCAACGCAUACAAUAUCACAACUACUGACAAUACUAAAGAUUUCUCUGAUGUUCCAACGAUGAAGGAGGAUACUGAUUUUGCGGAUAUAAAAGUCGAAGAUAUUGACGAUAUUAAAGUCGAUCACAUAAAGGUUGAAGAUCUUGAUGAAAUUAAAGUUGAAGGAAUCAAAGUUGAGGACCUUGAAGUAGACAUUAAAGUUGAAAGCAUAGAUGACAUAAAUAUGGACGAAAUAAAAGUCGAAGAUAUCAAGUUGGAGAAUGAUGACGCUUUCGCUCUUUGCAAGCAAAAUGACGAACAAAACGAUUUGGUUGACGGUUUGUUGGAAGCUGACAUAGAAUUUUUGAGUAGAAACCUUGGGAAUAUAGAGAGCGAUGCUGACGCGAGAAAGACCAUAGAGAAAUUGACAGGAGCUAAUCCAGAUACCAUUACGUUAGUUGGCGACGAAUUCGAUUUGGGAACUACUCUCAACACAAACAAUUUCUCAGGCAACCAAACCAAAUGCAUCACAGUAGCAUCGACAACAAGUGGUAUGAUCCAUAGUGUGCCAGUGGCUCAUAUAUCCGCGCCGCCGCGCCACGGCAGUACUGUACACUACUACACGAGUUCUACCAUACAACCUGCUGGACAAAGGACCAUACACCACCUGCCACAAGCAACCGUCACCAUACAAAGCAUUCCAGGUUCUACAUCGCAGAUGAUACGUGGGAUACCAAUCAACACAAAAACAGGUACAUUCAGCACGGUGAUGUCUCAAGGUACGGCAAGCACUAUUAUCGGUUUUGGCACUCGCACAUCAAACGCCACCAUCAUUGGCACUCCUACACAGUAUGUGAACGUCUCUUCUAAGUCCUUCCCUACCGGUAACAUACUACACAACGCAAUAGUAUCGCGGAACAUCAUCAACAGAAGUAACUUGACAUCAGUCAGUUCAGCUGUGUCGUUUAACACGAGUUCAAUACGACCGACAUUACAGACAACACCAAAAAUAAGUACUGCUUUUACCCCUAGCUCAGCAGAUUUUGAUAGUAUAUCAACUACAAAAGAUAUGAUUGAUAACGCGUGUAAUUCUUCAGUGAUGUUGAAAAAAGUGCUAACUUUGGGCAGCACGGGAUCAGCUAAGUCGUUUGUUAUGCACAACACACAGAAAGUGUUGUCAACCGGCUUUGCCAAUGGUGUAACACCACCUCCUAAUGUGACUAUUGUAAGCUCUGGCAAUGGCAGUAUGUUGACUAAUAAUGUUGGACAUAAUGUUGCCCAUAAUAAUUCUGGCAUUAAAAAUGUUGCCCAUAACAACUCUGGGAUAAAUAAUGUGGGGCUUAAUAAUGCUAUAAAUAACGUUGGACUCAAUAAUGUUGGGCAUAACAAUGUUGGGCUUAAUAAUAUUUGUCAUAAUAACGUAAGCCAUAAUAUUGGCCAUGCAACGUCCAAUAUUGUAAGUCCAACAUCGGGAACGCUAAGCGCGACGCACGCUACGCUGUCUGCCUUGUUGUCGUCUACAGGCGACGGUGCGCAACAAGGCAACAAUUGAUACUAAAAUACAGUAUACACAUACAGUCCACAUAGAAUUCAUAUCGACAGUUAAAAGGUUAAUUGACUCAAGCGACUUUUUUUUCGAAAAUUUUUGCACUGUGUUUAAAAACAUAGAUAAAAAAACAGAAUUUAAAUAUGUAAAAAACUCAGUGUCGCAAAAGAAUGUCGCUUUAGUUAGCCUUUUAACCGUCGAUAAAUUUAUCUUGUGACUGUCUCGGUGGCGUAGUUGUAUUACGGUGCGGCUGCAGUGCUGAAUUCUCGGGUUCGAUCCCCGAGGCAGGGCAGUGGGUUUUUUUUAUUAUUAGCCCGCUGUCUUGAAUUUGUGACCAAUAUGGUGAUAGUUUUGCGUCUUAUCACAUCAAAGGACGGAAUACAGUUGCGGAAAGUGGGUGCACUAGUUAUACCUUUGCCUCCCCCUUCGGGAAAAAAGGAGUAAGUGGUUGUGUAGUCUAUUAGAUGUAACUAAAUCUUCAUUCAAUAGGUAAUUGAAGUGUUAAGUACUUUUAAAAACUAAUAAGAUUGGUAAAAAUACAUAAUGAUGUUAGUCAAUAGUCUGUGUGAGAUUAAUAUUUGUUUUGUGUGUACGAAGAGAUAAGUCCUUAAGCGGCCAUAUUUUGCUGUUAAAAGUAAACUACCUCUUAUGUUAGCUUAAAGUUUAAUAUAAAUGUUAAGCACUACUCUUUAAUGUUAAUGGUUGUGCAUUUUUUUGCGAACAAGUACAAAUUAGGCUGUCGUGUCAUUUGGUAGUCAGAGUUAGAUUUUAAGAAUAGUAAUUUUACAGUUGGAUUAGUAAUUAUUAGUCUCAUAUCGAUAAUAAACAUGGCAAUGCGCAUCACUAUGAUUCUCAAAUAUUUCAAGCUUGAGUAGAUUUAUUACAUAUUAUAUUUAGUAUUAUGCUUGCAAUAUUUUAUUCGCUUAAUAUAUAAGUUAACUACGAUUGACUAUCUCAAAAAAUAUUUUCGGGGCCAUUGACAUCGAUAAUUUUAUCUAUACUUUAAAGUGGUCUUCGGUGUUAAGAUGAAUAGAGAAACUAACUCCACCUAUGUUCGUCUAAAUUUAGCACGAUAAAUGUGUUUCAGUUAAAAUUAGACAUGUCUAGGUGUAAUGGCCCGCUAAAUGCUAAUGGUUUAAAGUACGAGUAGUUAGUUAUUAUUAAUUACUUUUAUCGAUUUUAUGCCAAAAUCUUAAAACUUAUUGUGCAUUUAAUUUAUUUUUUAGUAAAAUAUACAAUGCUUGCUUUCAAGCGCUACGCAAAGCUUACGUGUUUAUAAUCAAAGCUUUAUUUUUUAUAUAUUUGCAAUAUAAUUAUUUUUAAAUUUUAUUUAAUUUUUUUGUCUAUGCGUAGCAAUUUAGUUUGGCAAUAUUUUUAUAAUUUUAGCUGCUUAAAGCGUUUGGCGUGCAAUCACAGAUUUAAUUAAAUUCGUUUAAAAAUUAUGCGUUUACGCAAUGCUUUAAAAGCUUUAAAUUAUCUAUUUGUUAUUAUUUAAAUUGACUAAUUAUUGUUACUUUGUACCAAAAAGGUAGUCGAAUACUAUGUUGCUUUUUUAUUAAUUCAUAUUUUUCAUUAUAUUUACAAAAGUAAAGUUGUGAACAAUAAAUUCUAAUUUAAAAAUUACAUGUUAUGACUGGGUUAUAUUUUAAAAUUAUAUGCUUAUUUUUAGAUUACAUAUUUAAACUAUGUUUGGAUGCUUCAGUUUAUACAAAUAAUAUAUGCUUUACGCUUUUGUAUUAGGAUAGUAACUUUCGGUCUUGAUGAACACCUUUUAACUAAUCUCUACGUUACAGAUCUUAAAGAUGAAUAAAAAAUGCGUUGUCAUUAUUUUCUUUACCAAAGUCACAUAUUGGUUAUUUUAUAAUCAAUACUAUUAGGUAGUAUUAGAUAAUAAUUGAGUUAAUUAGUUAUAUUACUAGGUAAAUUUGUUUGUUAGGUACUCCGCCUCAUAAUCUAUUUAUGUAUUAAUGAUGGUUGGGAAUAUUUAAUGAACCUACUCUCAGCAUCAUACGCACAUAAUGCUAUGUUUCUAAGUCUGUAUCAAAUGGCUGUGUUGACAAAAAUAAUAGACGAGUUUUAUUUUUUUAAUUACUGUGAUAAAUUCUCGUAUUGUUGAACAACUCUGAUAUUGUUGAUAUUGUAUUAUAACUACUGUCAUACUUUUACGUACUAUAAUAUAUUUAAAAUAAUAUACUUACAAGGUCAGGUGGGCCUAUUCCGUCUAUAGGGCUAAAUCAGUAUUUUUGCAAUUACAGGCGUUCUAAUCAAAAGACAGCUUUGAUAGGGGAUUUUUUGAUUUACCUGUAGGGCUAUCGAAGCUGUCCUUCGAAUAGACCUCCUGUAAUUACAUAAAUAUGGUUUCGUCCCAUAGACGGAAUGGGCUUCUUGACUCUACCUUAGUAAAAUAGACCAUAGAAUAAUAAUGACGAACAACCGGUCCUGACUUCGCUCGCGUAAAAAGCUUUUCACAUUACAACUCGUAAAAACACUAAGACACCACCGAUUUAAAUAUUCUGUAAUUUCCCAUUGAAGCAAGUUACUGGGAUAAAAAAUAGCUUCAUGUGUUGAUCCAGGACAUCGCCUACCCGUAUGCCAAAUUAAAUCCAAAUCCGUUCAGUUGUUUCUGUGUUUACUAUUAACAAAUAUGCAUUUUCACGAACUUUCGCAUUCAUAAUACCAGUAAGAUUUACGUUCGAAACCAAUAAUGGAUAACGAUCGCUAACUAUGUAUCAAUCGUUAUAAAGACCAAUCAGAAUAAAGUUUGUAUGACAUCCUUCCAGAUAACGUAUUUUGAUUGGUACAUUGUUGAAUUUAUAAUAAUAUAACGAGUUAUCGUUAUUUAUUUGUGGAUAACUCGUUAUCCACAAAUAAAUAACGAUAACUCGUUCAUCGAUUUGAAUUUUCAACCGUUGAAAAAAUUAUAUUGUAGUGUGAAAUAUACUUCAUAAUAAUUUUCUGCAAAUCAUUUUGGAAAGAGGUUUGAAUGUAAAAUAAAUAGUUAAGGCUUUAUCUGUUUCACCAUUUUAUUGUAACUAUUUAUGUAAUGUUUAGCUAUUAUACAGCAGGUUAACUACUGUUAUGGCAAAGUGUAAUGGUUUUUUCAUCGCGGUAUUGCUAUAGUUUUUUUUUUAAAUCCAUACAGGAUUGUCUUAUAUUGAGUAUUUCCUGUUUAGUACAAUUUUUUUCAUAGAGAAUGUAGAAUUAAGUAAACUAUCUCAAUAUCUAAAGUCUUAUGAAAUGUAGUAUGUAUGUUCUUAUGAUGUAUGUUUUUAUACUUUAUGUUUGAAAAUGGUACCGCAGAAUGUGUGGAUAAAUGAAGAUUUUGACGAAUGUUGGUAAUUCUAAUGUUAUUUUUUAGUAAUGAGCUGGUAACUCUUAGAACUUCCAUAACUCCAUGUUCGUGUUCCAUUAGUGGACAAAAUGUUUAUGAUAGAUUUACGACUCUACUUAUUCUUGUUUAGAUGCGUUUCCAAAAGGCCUCUUUUGAUCACUAGAUAUCUACUUAAAUGUAAGGAGCGUAGCAGAAUCUGAUUGGAUAUAAUUUAAAAAUGCAUAAUUUAAAUAAAACAACAUAGUGUAUGACUUAUUGUUACUAUAUACAUUAUUUAGUAUUCAAAAUGUUAUUUUUGAUAGAAAAUAUAAUGAAAUAAUAACGACUGACCUAUGGUUAUAUUUCUUUAUUGUGUGAACAUGAGGGACAAAGUGUUGGAAAAAUGUUUACUGUUUUUUGAAAUAAGUAUUUCUAUUUUAGGCAAACGACAUUGAUAUCUAUUUUAUAGGGUUUUUAAGUAAUAAACUGACUUUAAUAUAUUCAUUUUGCUGGUCACACGUGGUAAACAAAUGCUCUAAUAUCGAAUACGAUUCGAACUGCACUUAUUUAUAAAAAUAUUGUUUAUUAUUGACAUAUUCACUAACGGCACGGGACAUGUGUGUCCAGUAUUAUACUUAAUUCUCAAAACCACGCUAAAUAACAACACCUCACGAAAACAGGUUUUACGCACUUAAGACAUAAGUAUUAUAAAAAUCCUAGAAUAAGAUGUUUUUUGUAACUUAAUUUUUAUGUUUUACUUAUCGAAUCUUGAAGAUUGUGUUUUAGUUUUUGUUUUUUUUUUUUUAUUUAAAAAUGUUGAAGCCAAUUCCUUAUCUAGAUUGUGAUUGUAAUUUCAAGGUUGUAAGUGUAGGCACCCUUACCAAAUUAAUGCGUGCAUAUUGUACUAGAAAAUAAAUGAUUUGUUUACCUAUGCAAGA